AUGGAGAACAGGACGAAGGUGGCAGCCUUCCUCCUGCUGGGCCUGACCGACGACCCCCGCCUGUGGCUGCCCCUCUUCCUCGCCUUCCUGCUCAUCUACGCCAUCACUGUGCUUGGGAACCUGGGCUUGGUCCUGCUGAUCCUGCUGGACCCGCGUCUGCAGAGCCCCAUGUACUUCUUCCUCGGGAACCUGGCGCUGGUGGACUUCUGCUCCUCCUCUGCGGUCACUCCCACGGUCAUGGCUGGGCUGCUUACGGGAAACAAGGUCAUUUCCUACAACGCCUGUGCUGCUCAGAUGUUCCUGUUUGCAGCCCUCAUUGGUGUGGAAAAUUAUCUGCUUGCUGCCAUGGCCUAUGACCGCUACGCGGCAGUGUGUAGGCCCCUGCACUACAGCACCACCAUGACCACCACUGUGUGCAUAGGUCUUAUUGUAGGCUGCUAUUUCUGCUCCUUCUUGAAUGCCUGCAUCAGUGUUGGGGACAUAAUGAGCCUCUCCUUUUGCGGCUCCAAUGUGGUCCACCACUUUUUCUGCGAUGGCCCAGCAGUCAUGGCUCUGUCCUGCUCUGACAAACACGUUAGCGAGCUGGUUCUUGUUUAUCUUGUGAGCUUCCAUAUAUUUUUUGCCAUCUUGGUUAUCUCAAUGUCCUACAUCUUCAUUUUUGGCACCAUCCUGAGGAUGCACUCGGCUGCCGGAUAUCACAAGGCCCUGUCCACCUGUGCCUCCCACUUCACAGCCGUCUCCAUCUUCUACGGGACCACGAUGUUCAUGUACCUGCAGCCGACGUCCAGCCACUCCAUGGACACUGAUAAAAUCGCCUCUGUGUUCUACACCAUGGUCAUCCCCAUGCUGAACCCCCUGGUCUACAGCCUGAGGAACAAGGAGGUCAGUAGUGCCUUCUUAAAAGUCAAGAAUACACUCAUUCGCUUGAGGCCCGGUAUGUCACAGGGUUUUGAUUGUAAGUUUCUGAGGUGA